AUGCCACCAUGCCCGGCCUGCAAGGACCUGCCACCGGAGCUUGUCUGCCGCAUCGCCGACGGCCUUGAUGACCUCAAGGGCUACGUGAGUGCACGGGGUGCCUGCCCGACAUGGCAUCACACGCUUGUGCCGCCAUCGCCAUCACUGCUUAUCAACCACAGCGACGACCCUGCCAAGCGCUGCACCGCCGCUGCCAUCAAGCGUCGUACCACCGCAACCUCAAUCCUCCCGCGUCGCUCCUUCGAGCUCAAAGCCAUCCCUUCGGGCCAGACCUGUCUCGGCUGCUGUAGCGGAUGGCUCUCCCUCUCCGUUCACAUCGAUGACGUCCGUAGCCUACUCAGCCUCUUCCACCCCAUCACGGCCGCCGAGAUCCUCCUACCCCCGCUUGUCUAUGACAGUCGCCUCGUCUCCAAAAUCGUCUUCUCUCCCAACCCUGCCACUGACGACUUCAUGGCCGCUGUGAUAUGUGACAUCGAUAGGGUUGCCUACAUCACCGUAGGGGCCAGGAGGUGGUCCGUCCUUGACCCCAUCCACCUCACUGUUGGAGAUCAGUUCGUCGACCUCCUCUACCACGAAAAUGGUAGGGUCUACUGCCUCACUUGGUUUGGAGACGUCCAUGUGCUCUUCCUUCCGCAGCGCCGCCGCCGGGAACCUAUCAUCCUCGAGGGCGAAACAUCAAUAUAUCCUGCAGUGCAUAAUAGGAAAAUCAUCCAGAUGCAUGGGACAGGACCGGAUCUAAAUGCGCCGGCCACCAUUAAGGCAUUGUUGUCAUCUAGGGGAAGCAAACUAUUUUUCGACGCCGCCACCAGUUUUGCACCGCCAUACAACACAAUCUCAACUUUCACUAGUGUCAAGAACCUCGUGUUCUGCAAUGGUAACCUGUACCAAAUCUGGAGGAAUGCAUCAUGCACAGUCACUUUGCAGUUGCAAGAAGGGGGUCGAUGUCGUAUAGAACAUGAUGAAAUAUUUGUUCUGAGGUAUGACCCCCACCGCCGACCAUGUUGGGACAUUGUGUACGACUUAAGGGGAUACUCGGUGUUUAUUGGGAGGAACAAUUCAGUGUCAAUAUACGCAGAAGGCGUUCCGGGACUCAAGGCUAAUUGUGUGUAUUGGAUUGGUGGGAGGGGUAGGGAUCAGGGCAUGGUCUUUGACAUGAAGACUGGCAAGUCAACACCUUGCAUUCCCCUCGUGGAUGGUGUUCUUCCGGGGUCUCUACAAAGCACAAUCUGCUGGUACUUUCUGAGCGACAAAUGA